AUGCAAAGGGUACCAAUACCUCUCCAGACAAAGGUACUAAUGGCUCUAUGGCUGCUUGGCAACCAAGAGUCCUUCCGCGGUGUUUCCGACCGUUUUGGGGUCAACAAGGGCCUGCUGCAUUACGUCACUGAGAACAUCAUUGGACUUUGGGCAGGUGCAGCACCAGACUUUACCCAGUGGCCUUUGUCCUCGCAGGAUGUAGCCUACGAAUUUUAUCGAAAGUGGCGGUUUCCUGGAGUUGUAGGUGCUGUGGAUGGCUGCCAUAUUGCCAUGAAGGCCCCAGAGAUUGAGCAGGAUGCUUAUUACAACCGCAAAGGGUUUUACUCCGUCAUCGUGCAGGGGUGCUGUGAUAGCAACAUGACGUUUACCCAUGUGCACACAGGCUCUUCAGGAAGAAUGCACGACUCGAAAGUGUUUAGUGCUUCAGGCCUGGACAGGAUAAUAGAGCAGCUACCGCGAAGCUUCCACAGUCUUGCAGACUCGGCAUAUGCACUCUUACUUGGGUUGAUGCGACCUUACAGAAACAAUGGCCAUCCAAGCGCACAAGAAGUAAAAUUCAAUGAAAGACUAAGCGCAGCAAGAUCAGCCAUUGAGCGUGCAUUCGCCCAUCUAAAAGGCAAAUUCAGGUGGUUAAAAUACCUUGACAUGAAUGCCACUUCCCUCAUCAACGAUUAUGUGCUGCCAUCGUGUGUUCUGCCCAAGAUCAUUCUCAUGUCAAAGGAUUCCUUUGAUUGUGAAAGCACUGACGAGGAAGCUGACGACGAUGAACCAGCUUUCGAUGAGGACUCCACAGGAGAGUCCGACAGCAGUAGUGCAAUUGAGCGCCAAGCAGUAAUCUUGUCUUUGUAA